AGAGCUUGAAGAAGAAAAGGAGCAGCAGAAGAGACGGACGAUAAGAGACGAAGGCUGGCACACAAUCAACACACAUCACACGAGAAAAAUGCCAAAUUUCUCCGGCACCUGGAAAAUGAAAAGCAGCGAGAAUUUCGACGAAUUGCUUAAAGCUUUGGGUGUGAAUCCGAUGUUAAGAAAGGUCGCAGGAGCAGCUGCAUCAAAGCCACAUGUGGAGAUCAGACAGAACGGAGAACACUUCUACAUCAAGACUUCCACCACAAUCCGCACCACAGAGAUCAACUUCCUCAUUGGAGAGGAGUUUAAUGAGGAGACGGUGGAUGGCAGAAAGUGUAAGAGUCUGGCCACUUGGGAAACGGAGAACAAAAUUUACUGCAAACAGACCUUAGUGAGCGGGAACGGCCCCAAGACCUUCUGGAGCCGAGAACUCAGAGGGGAUGAACUUAUUCUGAUCUUUGGAGCCGAUGAUGUGAUUUGCACAAGGAUCUAUGUACGAGCAUAAGAAUAAUUCCGCAUCUUUCCAAGUUCACAUUUCCUGCAACAAACAGAUGGCCAUAAAAACACAUAAAUGAUGCAAGACCGCCAUGCUACAGAAAUACAUCCUGCUUUGAUAUAAAACUAAAUGCAUUUUACUGUUCUUUGUUUCUGUGUUUAACUUCUCUGCUUGGAUCAAAGUCAAAUUGUGAUCACAUUUUGUUUAAUUCUCCAAAUCUUUGGUCAGGUUGAAGAGGCUGCAGAUAUGAACCGAUGAAGGAAAUAAAAACGUCACGUAAAAUUGAAUCUAUUCAAAGGAAAGUUUAAUGCCAAACACCAUACUACACUCAUGUACAACGUCAUAAAAGUCAGAGAAAGGACACGUUUAAACAAGGUACAAACAAUGUCUUAUGUACAGUCAGCUCCGGGACGUCCUGUGUUUUUUUUCCAAUAUUAAACACAGUAAAUAUAAAAAUAAAAACCCAAGUAAUAAACUGUUCCAAGAUUGUC